AUGCUGAUUAAUCUAUCUAUCUAUCUAUCUAUCUAUCUAUCUAUCUAUCUAUCUAUCUAUCUAUCUAUCUCUUCUCUCUCUUGUUAUCUCUUUCACACACACAGCGCUCCCUCUCCAACUCCUGCUACCACUUCUUAUUCUACUUUAUUAACUUCUCUCUCUCUCUCUCACUCUCUCUCUCACUCUCUCUCUCUCUCUCUCUCUCUUUUCCACCUCUUUUUCUUACUUGUAAGCAUUUUUCGUUUUUAUAGCUUAACUCUCAUCAUCUCUCGUCCUCCAUCUUAUUCUUUGUCCACGUUCGUUCUUUUUCAUCCUACGCUUGCUGGACGCCUUUUCUCGUUGAGUUGUCACUUUUGCCAAUCUGUCGAAAUACUUAUGCCGUCAAGGAAGCUGUUUUCUUUUCGCCCAUUGACCAUUGGUGUUGGUGAAUAUCAAAAGGCUUUCAUGUCUCUCUUUAUUGAAAUCAACAUGUUUUUUCUUCCCUUACUUUUUACUCUUUGCCGUUUCUUCUUCUUCUUCUUCUUCUUCUUCUUCUUCUUCUUCUUCUUCUUCUUCUUCUUCUUCUUCUUCAUUUCUACUACUAAUGCUGCUGCUGAUGCUUCUUUCUUUCAUUCUUUCUUUCAGUCUUUCUUUCUUUCUUUCUGUCUUUCUUUCUGUCUUUCUUUGAAAAUUCCAUCAAAGUUCAUCAUUGACCGAAUACUCAUACACUAUAAUAGGCAGAAUGUUGAUAUUCUUGCUCAAAGGACCUCCUUUCUUUCUUUCUUUCUUUCUUUCUUUCUUUCUUUCUUUCUUUCUUUCUUCAUAUUCUUCAUUUCCCGUGCUUUCGUUCUUUCUUUCUCUUUAUGCAACAUUUUUACCUCACCGUGUCCAAAUCCAGAUGCAAUUUUAUGCGAAUUCAACAACCCUCUCUCUCUCUCUCUCUCUCUCUCUCUCUCUCUCUCUCUCUCUCUCUCUCUCUCUUUGGAAUUUUUCACGAUUAAGAGAACUUUCGGUCGCUUCUAUGAUGGAAGGAUUUACAGAUCAUCGGAUGAGUUCUUAAGUGACUGCGAAGAUUAG